GAGGUCUAUAAAAAGAUUCGCGCCGGAGGCGUUGAGUUUUUCUCGCGAGUUAAAUGUCAAAUCGCGACGGCCAUUUUCCUCUCGGGAGAAUUUUCAUCGUCGCUACGUGUGCGCGCGUACACGUAUACUUACGUUGACGCGCUGGUGUGUUUGUGCUUGCCACAUGACGCUGCUCGCAUCGUCGGGUGCGCGUCCACAGCUGACGUAUUAGUAUAUAUAUUAUAUAUCCGCACACAUUCGUGCCAACGCGGUCGGUCGAGGAACGAUACACAUGUAAAUCGGGACCAUAACUGUACAAUAACGAUAUACACAAGGAGCACGAGCAGAGUUAAACUUUGUACGACCGUUCGCAUAACCUCGCCGUUAUCGCCAACGAUUAAUCAGCGCCGAAUGAGCCUGGAAGUCGCGCACUGUUGAGCUUGGCAUCGCCUUCUGCAAAAGAUGUCGUUGACAUUUCAGCAAAUUAUAUUAGACGCUAAAAAAUUAGUUAUUCGAAUUUCGGACCAUGAGAACACAGCGGAUACUCUGAUAAGCCAAGUAGAAGCUGUAUGUGGACAAAUUGAUAACAUGAAGCAGUAUCAAGAGGAAAUAGAAAUUUUAAAUACAGAAGCAAAGCAAAGACCACACUUACAAUUAAUUGCCGGGAUUCAAAGAGAAAACAAGCAUUUACGAGAAAUACAAGCAGAAAACAAGGAGUUAAAAAGCGCGCUAGAAGAUCAUCAACAUGCACUCGAGCUCAUAAUGUCCAAAUACCGACAACAAACUGCAUCCUUAUUACGUCUCAGCAAAACUGAUUUCUCAUCGUUGCAUAAUUCAAAGUAUGCCAAUAUAAUAACCAAUCAAGCUGAGAAAAUAGAUGAGAUGGCAGCUGUAAUGAAAACUGCGGCUGCCUUAGAUGAGGAAAAUGAACUGAAAGGAAAGGAGAUAUUUCAUACUCUGAAGGAGGAAAAUGCCACACUUCGAGAAAUAAUAAAUAUUGCAAAUAAAUUUGGUUCCUUAAACAAAGAGUGUCCCGUAGAAAACAAAACCGUUCAAACAGAUCCGCCAAUAGAUUAAAGCAAUUUAUGAAAAUUUUUGAUCUUUUUUUUAUAAAAAGUUAACCAGUAUUUAUUUCACAGACACGUUCAUGACACAUAUAUGUAUUAAUAUGAGAUAGAAUCUGUUACUUAUAGGUAAGAAGUGUAUGUGCAGGUGUAGUAUAUAUAUACGUAUUAAACAUUUGUAAUAAAUUGUACAAGUCAUUUGCGACUAUAUUUAUUUUAUAUUAUUUAAUAUUGAAAUUAUGCAUGUUACGAUUAGUAUUAUGGAAUUUUUUAUUUAUUGUAUAUUUAUAACAAGAGAAAGAAAUUGAAUAUUCACAAAUAGAUUGAAGAUUGUAUUCUAUGGU